ACUGCGGCUUUGGCGCCCACCGAAAGUGCUCCGAGCUGGUGCCCAGUGACUGCUGUCCCUCACUGUCGCACAUCCGGCGCAUCUUCGGCAUCGACCUGACGACCUUCGUCAAGGCGAGUAACUGCCUGCGUCCCUUCAUCGUCGACCUGCUGGUGGGCGAGGUGGAGCGCCGAGGGAUGACCGUGGAGGGCAUCUACCGCGCCUGCGGCUCCUCGGACGCCAUCGACGCCCUGCGGGAGCGCUUCGAGGCCCACUGGGAGCAGGCCGAUGGGUACCUGCGCUCAGUGGAGGACGUGCACGUCAUCACCGGCCUGCUCAAGCUCUACCUCCGCCUGCUGCCCCUGCCGCUGAUCACCUUCGAGGCCUAUCCGAUGUACAUCGAGGCCAUCAAAAAGUCGAACCAGGACCAGUCGCUGUCGGCGCUGCGAGAUGCCACAGCCAAGCUGCCGCCCGCCCACUACCAGACGCUCAAGUACCUGGUGACCCAUCUCAAUCG